UAGCCCUCUGGAAGAGGACCUAAGCAGAAUCAUUUCCCAUGGGGCUGGCAGGGUGCCUGGAAGCUGCCUUCCUCCUCCUCCUAGGUUUGAGCACUGGCCAACGGGUGGUAACUGUUCAGAAGGGGCCCCUCUACCGGGUGAGGGGGUCCCACGUCACACUGUGGUGCAAGGUGAGCGGCUACCAGGGCCCGUCAGAACAGAACUUCCAGUGGUCCAUCUACCUGCCCUCAGCCCCAGAGCGGGAGGUGCAGAUCGUCAGCACCAUCGAUCCCUCCUUCCCCUAUGCCAUCUACACCCAGCGGGUGCGCAGCCGGGGGAUCUACGUGGAGCGGGUCCAGGGAGACACCAUCCUGUUGCACAUCACGGAGCUGCAGGACCGGGAUGCCGGGGAGUACGAGUGCCACACACCCAACACCGAUGAGAGGUACUUUGGGAGUUACAGCGCCAAGACAAACCUCUCAGUGAUUGCAGAUACCCUCUUGGCUUCAGUGGCACCCCAGGUCCUCACUUGUGCCGAAGGGGAGGCAAUGGAGCUCACUUGUGAGGUGUCCAAGUCCACUGCCCAGCACACACAUCUGUCUGUUGGCUGGUACCAUCUUCAGGGAGCAGGAGAGAGCCACGCUGAGGAGGUCCUUACACUCUCCAAGGACUUUGUCUUGAUGCCAGGGCCCUCUUACGCACAGAGGUUUCUGGUGAGAGAUGUGCAGCUGAACAAGGUUGGAAACACCACCUACAAGCUCUCCAUUGAGAGAGUGAAGCUGUCUGACCAGGGGCAGCUGUACUGUGAGGCAGCAGAAUGGAUUGAGGAUCCUGAUGAGACGUGGAAGGACAUCUCCCGCAAGCAAACAGGGAGGACAUCACUGGAGGUCACAAGACAGGGCAGAGACAUCUCUGUGGACAUCACUGCUGCUGAAACUUCUCUUUCUGAAGGUGACACCUUGCAGCUAAAUUGUAUGGUGGGAGUCCAGAAGAGCAGCAGUAGACACUUCCAAGUGCUUUGGCUCCUCAAUGGUGUGGAAGUGGCCAGGGUUGAUCCCCAUGGGGUAUUGGUUUGGAAGGAAGAAUAUGAGGAGAGAUCCAAGCUGGGGAACCUGCAAGCAUUCAAGCACAGCAACACAGUUUACGUCCUAACCAUCUAUGAGGUAGGGCUGAAGGACAAUGGUACAUACCACUGCUCUGCUUCAGAGGUGAAGACUCCUGGAGACUUUGACAGCAUCCAAACCAAACUGUCAUCAGGCAUCCAAGUUGAUGUGAAGCCAGUAGAGAGCCGCAUACGCCUGUCCGUGUCCACCAGCACACCACAAAUCAUGGCAGGAGAUACCUUGAUUCUCCUUUGCGAGGUGCAAGGAGUGACCAGCCCUUUAUCUGUGCAGUGGUGGCACUUGCCACCGCAGCACCCGGGUCCCCGGGUGCCAGUGGCCACCAUGUCACAGGACGGCACCCUGAGGCUUGGCAACACCUAUCAGGACAGCAGGGCUCGGGGAAGACUCCGGCUGGAGAAAGUAAAUCCUGGCUCUUUCACCCUGGUGAUCCCCAACACAUUGGAUGAGGGGGAUGGCGGGUGGUAUGGAUGCAAGGCAACGGAAUGGUCCCGAGGCCGGAGCUGGACAAAGGAGGGGGAGACUGCAGUGACAGUCAGCUCCAUGGGUCUAGGUCUGCAUGCCACGCUGAGAAGCCGAACUGCCACCGUCAGAUAUGGUCAGAGUUUUGAACUCAUCUGCCAAGCAAGUGCCAGUUACACCCUCGAGGAGGUGCCGUCAGCUGUGAGGUGGCUCUUCCAGCCCAGCCUGCCCACCAGUCGCUUACAGGAACUGGUCCAGGUCUUUCCCAAUGGCACAAUGGCCUGGGGGCUAGCACAGCCACACUUCCAAGGGAAAGCCCAGCUGACAAGGACUGCUGCCUCUUUCAGGCUGUGCAUCCACAAUGCUGUUGCUGCUGACAAGGGGAUCUACCAGUGUGAGGUGGAGGUCUGGAGGAGGAACACCCUGCCAGUGGGGCAGCCAGCAGCCACCACCAGCUCCAAUGCUGUGGGAAUAAAGGUGGUGCUACCAGAAAGCAAGCUUCGGGUAGCUACAAAUGACAGCUCUGUGGAGAUUGCCAGCGGUGCUGACACAGCAAUUGAGUGCAAGAUGGUGUCUGCCCCCAGUGGUUCUCAGUUUGCUGUUACCUGGUACUUCCUACGUUCUCCUCUGGCAGAUGAAGCCCCCUUGGAAAUUGUCAGGGCCAGCUACAAUAGCAUACUGGAGUAUGGGGCUGAGUUCAGCUCUCCUGCACAUAAGUCCCGGUUCCUGAGCCAGAGGGUGUCCAGCAAUGUUUUCUGGUUGUGGAUACUCUCUGCAAACCAUGGUGACCAGGGCAGCUACUACUGUGUUGUAGAGGAAUGGCUCUGGCUGGCAGAUGGCUGGUACAAACUGGGAGAGGGAACAUCAGGAAGAACCACACUGGCGUUCAAGCUCCCAGAGCGUGAACUGCAGCUGGAGAAAACCAACCACAACAUCUCUGUGAGGGAGGGUGAGGAGGUGACACUGCACUGCCUGCUGCAGGCUGCUGGCCUGCCUGCCACCCACCUCUCAGCCACCUGGUUUCGGGAGGAGAAGGCUGGCCACGCCAGGCCCCUGCUUGCCCUCCGUCAUGACGGUGCCAUCGAAUACCCCCAGGAGAGCUUGGCGGGGAGGCUGCACCUCCGCCGCCCCACUGCUGGAGAUUUCAGCCUGACACUGCACAGCGUGGAGAAGGGGGAUGCUGGGGUGUAUCACUGCCUGGUGCAGGAGUGGCAGCAUCAGAGCGAGGGGAAGGACUGGGUUCUGCAAGCCUUGGCACGCUCAGGGUACAUACAGCUCAGUACCAUCCCACCAGAGUCAACUGUUUUGUCUAGGAUCUGUUCAUCACCACCACUGCUGAACUUCAUCCUGUACUUACCACUGGUUCUGGUCGGUCUUGUGGCCCUUGCUGUCUUUUGCUGGUGCUUCAAGGUCAGGAAAAGCAUGAAGAACUACAUCACAGGAGAUCAGAUGAUGGAACUGCAAGGGGCUGAAGAGGUCAACAAAACUUAG